GCGAGGCUCGAGCUCCCCCCAGCGAGCCCAGGGCGGGCUGCUGCGGCGGGACAUGCGUGCGGGUCGGGCCCGGGGCCGCCGCGGGAGUGGAUGCUGCGCCCCGCUGCCGCCCCGGCUGCUCUGAGCGCCCCCCGGAGUCCGCGGAGCCCGAGGCCGAGGCGGCGGCGGAGGCGGAGGCGGCGGCGAUGACCGGCGAGAAGAUCCGCUCCCUGCGGAGGGACCCGAAGCCCUGCGGCAAGGAGGACGGUGACCUGCUGGAGCCGGGCGACGACGAGGCGGCCGCCGCCCCCGGGCCCUUCACGGCGGCGCGCGGGGCCGGGCCCGGAGGCGGCGGGGGCAAGGCCGGCCGGCAGGGGCCCCGCCACCACUCGCACCCUGCGGCCCCGCAGCCCCGGCUGCCGCUCAAGCCGCCACAGGCCCCGGCCGGCCCCGGCUGCUGCUCGUCUUCCUCCGUGGCGGGCACUGCCGCCUCAGAGCCCGGCCGGGGCCCUUCGCUCUACCCCAUGCACGAGUGCGUGUUCAAGGGCGACGUGAGGCGGCUCUCGUCCCUCAUCCGGACGCACCACAUCGGCCAGAAGGACCUUCACGGAAACACUCCUUUACAUCUUGCUGUGAUGUUAGGAAAUAAAGAAUGUGCCCAUUUGCUUUUGGCCCACAAUGCUCCAGUAAAGGUGAAAAAUGCUCAGGGAUGGAGCCCUCUGGCAGAAGCCAUCAGCUAUGGAGACAGACAGAUGAUUACAGCACUUUUAAGGAAGCUUAAGCAGCAGUCCAGGGAAAGUGUUGAAGAAAAGCGACCUCGAUUAUUAAAAGCCCUGAAAGAGCUAGGUGACUUUUAUCUAGAGCUUCACUGGGAUUUUCAAAGCUGGGUGCCUUUACUUUCCCGAAUUCUGCCUUCUGAUGCAUGUAAAAUAUACAAACAAGGUAUCAAUAUCAGGCUUGACACAACUCUCAUAGACUUCACUGACAUGAAGUGCCAACGAGGGGACUUGAGCUUCAUUUUCAGUGGUGAUGCAGCGCCCUCUGAGUCGUUCGUAGUGUUAGAUAAUGAACAGAGAGUUUACCAGCGAAUCCAUCAUGAGGAAUCAGAGAUGGAAACAGAGGAAGAAGUUGACAUUUUAAUGAGCAGUGAUAUUUAUUCCGCAACUUUAUCAACCAAAUCCAUCACUUUCACACGUGCCCAAACAGGAUGGCUUUUCCGGGAAGACAAAACAGAAAGAGUGGGAAACUUUUUGGCCUACUUUUACCUGGUGAAUGGACUUGUUUUAGAAUCCAGAAAAAGGAGAGAACACCUUAGUGAAGAAGAUAUUCUUCGAAAUAAGGCCAUCAUGGAGAGUUUAAGUAAAGGAGGAAACUUAAUGGAACAGAAUUUUGAGCCUGUCCGAAGACAGUCUCUGACUCCACCCCCACCUAACACGAUUACCUGGGAAGAGUAUAUAUCUGCCGAGAAUGGAAAAGCUCCUCAUCUGGGUAGAGAACUUGUUUGCAAAGAAAGUAAGAAAACGUUUAAAGCCACAAUAGCCAUGAGCCAGGAAUUUCCCUUAGGAAUUGAAUUAUUACUGAAUGUUUUAGAAGUCAUUGCGCCCUUCAAGCACUUUAACAAGCUUAGAGAAUUUGUUCAGAUGAAACUUCCUCCUGGCUUUCCUGUAAAGCUCGAUAUACCUGUGUUUCCCACCAUCACAGCCACUGUGACUUUUCAGGAGUUUAGAUAUGAUGAAUUUGAUGAAUGCAUCUUCACUAUCCCUGAUGACUACAAGGAGGAUCCAAGCCGGUUUCCUGAUCUUUAACUUGCCUGAAAAAAAUAAUACCAGCUUACCAGUGAAAGCAAGUGGAUGCAAAGAACCCGAGAUGUUUGUCCGAAUGGAAAGGAUGUACUCCUUCAGAAGAAAAAAGGGAAAUACACUGAAUGAACACAUCAGUCAGUUAUCCAGUGUGACCUGAUGUGUGCCCUUGCCCGCCUUUUUAAAAAUACACAUAUUGUAAGCUUGGUAGUUUGGCACCUCGGUGAUUCUGAGGAGUUGGGAUGUCAGGCAGCUGUGGGGGCUCUAGUUUGUUUUUACACCUUUUUACACUUCUUGGUGAUAAAUGGAUUUAGCAUAUAAAGAAAACACUCCUGGACCAUUAACGUUUUAAAAAAAGAGAUGUCUUAAUAGAGAUCGAAGUCCUUUUAAACUUGUCAUCUUCUAUUCAAGGUGGCAGACAUCCUUCAGCUUGGUUUUCAUCCCCUGUAAAGUGUGUCACAUUAUAUAUAGUUGAGUCACUCGAAUGUUGUUGAACAUAAUGAACUGGAAGGAAUGCAGUUUUCUGUAGAUGAACGAACCAAAUGGUGACCAUUAAACAGUUGCAUUUUCACAUUGCAAUACAUUUCAGAACUAGCAUUCACUCUGCAGGGAAUACGGUACCUCCUUUUAGCACCUUAGUGCAACUCCUGUGUGGUGCUAUUCAUGUUUUUAUCUGAAUUCUCAAAUGGAAAAUGUUUCUUACUAAUCUUUCUGCCAUAGAGUCUCUAAUUUUCUUUUCUAAUCUAUGUUCAUGAUAAAGUAUUGGUUAGCAUGCUUACAAAUGUUCAUCUGACAAAUUCUAGUACUUUCAAAAACAGGAAUUCACAAGUUGUGAAAUUGGCUCCCGUUCAGGGCCAGAGCCUUGUUUGUGGCUCGGGUGGGUUAAGGGUGAACUUGGAAGUGUCUACAGUCUUAAAAAAAGAAAAAACACAAACCUAAGACUUUGAAAAUAUAUUCCCAUAUUUAUAUCAAACACUUUGAAUAUAGGAUAUAAGUGUUUCAUAUAACAUAUAAAAUUCAUUUGUUAAAUUCUAGAAGUGUACACUUAAGUUUCAUGACAAUUACGCCUUCAUCUUUUUUUCUUAAGCCACUUAGAAGAAAAUGUAUUGAUUUAUUUUGUCUCCAGGUGUCCAAAUCAUGGGUUCCAAGUUUUGCAUUUUAAAUCUCUCCUCUUUAUUAUUCCAAGUUGGUUUGAAGGUCCAAAGUUGAAAAUAAAUUAGUAAGAAUUAUGUCUGACAGUCACACAGCGUGAAGUCUAUUAGAGGAUUUAGCUACAAGUAAUGUGACUUAUAUAAAUGUGCUCUUGGUGACUGUGUACUUAAGACUGCACCUGUCAAUUCUUUUGUAUGACUCACAUUUCAGCCUCUUUCAGGAGGCCCACAUUAAUUGGAAUUAAUUGGAAUGUGUUCCAAGGUGUUCAUCUCUAUCUACUGUUUGGAUCAUGAAAUAAGUUUGUCAGGACUUCCAAAACAAGUCACAUGGUUGUUACAAAAUCAGAUUUGCUCAGUUCAAACUGUCCUGAGGUUUUUAGCCUUUUAUUCCAAGAAGAUCUCUCCAAAAACCAAACACUGGCCCAGAACAGCUGCACAGCCUUGGCCAGCCUAUGUCCUGUUCUGCCAGUGUGGAAAGUGUCAAAGACUCGAAGGCUGAAUGUGUUCUACUGCAUUUCCAUGGUGAUCUACCAGGAAGCUGAUGUUUACAGAGCAGGGUUAUGAUGUUGAAUAGAAGAUGCAUUUAGAAAGUCAGAAGCAACACUGUUAAGAGGAAAGUUUUUUAAAAGGAUCUCUAAGGCUGCUUUCUCCAUAUCAAUGUAUAUGACUUUGCAUAUAUGUUCAUGUUUUAAUAUUAAGAAAGGAAAUAAUUUUUAUAGUGCAGAAAAAGUAUUCAUGGUUAAAUUUUUAAGAUUAUAAUUAUUGUUGUAUGUGGCUUCAUAGACCUUGGGGAAUGGGUGUUAAAUUGUAGUCCUGCUUUAUUGAAGGAAGAAGAGCUGAUUGCUCAGCCUGUCUCCCUUUCAGAUUUUACUGGCUUGGGCUGGGAAUCAUCCUGUCUCUUCAAGGUCCGAUACUGGGGAGGGGGGAGCAGGCAGGACUUCAGUUUCCCGUGGUUAGUGUGUAGAAUCUUAGUAUAAUUUAUUGGGGGGGGGUGGGAGGAAUCACAUCUCAUUUAAUCACAGUGUGGGCUUGGUCAGUAUCUCCUGAAAGCUGUGAAUAUUUUACUGGGGUGCACUGGAGGUAGAAAAACUACUGAAUAUUUUUGCACUUAGAAUUUUUUUGCACACAUUUGUACUUUUUAAGAAACACAAGUUCUCCAUUCCACCAUGUUGUCAUCUUCCCAGUCAGAAAGGACGAACAAAUGCCCCCAUACCUCUUCCAAUGGCAACUAUUAGGAAUCAGCUCUGAUGCAAAUAAACUUUUCACAGUAUUUUGCAGAUUUUCAGGAAUGUGAUUUUUAAAUUAGUUUGUCAGAUAAGUACUGUUUCAGGUGAAAUCAUCAAAACACUAUUCCUUUGGUAGUACUCAUAGGACGGUUUGUUUUUGAAGUGCUACUGAAUACUUUGAAACUGGGAUCUGCUGUUUACAUAAUGCUGGAAGGGAGCAUUAACAAGCUGGUUUUUGCUAGAAAAUACUCUGCCCCUACUGUGUGCAGCAUUUCAGUAGAAAGCAGAGAAAUAGCAAGGAUCUUUCCCCCUCUUCCAGGUACCGAAGGUGUGACAGUAUCUGUCCACAGUAAUCAGGAGGGUGGAAGUCUUUCUGAGAGACAUAGAAAUGUACUCAUCAGUGACGAGCCUACACCUGGAGUCGUUACCUUAAUUCGAAGUCUCAGAUCAGGACUGAUCCAAGGGAGCAUUUCUGGUGUCAAAGUUUUACACCCUUCUAAAAAGCAGGGAGUUCAGCUAUAAUUUUCCUGAGGAGAUAGGUUAUUGGGUGAAAUUCCAAGACCAUUUAUUAAGAAUAACAAAUACCAGUUCAUCUCUUUUCCCUCUGAGCUACACAGGUUUUAUAGAAGUUUUCUCCGGGUGGAGGAAGUGGGGAAGUUGAAGAGAAAGCUCGAGUACAGUCAUGUUAGAGCUUUCUGUGACUGUUGUUUGAAUGUGUGGAUUCAUUGCUUGGUGUGGUGUAGAAACGCCCUCUGCUGGAACUUCCUGUCGAAUUUAAUGAUAAUAGGUUUAAAGAAAUUGACCCAGUACAGUCUUAAUUUUACAAAGUUGUUGGGCAUUGACUUCUGGAAUAUUAACAUUCACUUAAAAUGGAAAUUUCAGAUCAGAAUAUAUUCUUUAAAUAAGAGGAUAAAUGAAUUAUUAGUAACCUUUUAGGUUUAUGGUGAGGCCAAGUUCAGUUUGCACGUGGGAAUGGCUACGGUUUGGUAUAAACCGAAGAGAAAUGGGCACUGAGAUACACCUAUCAUUUGUCCACGUGAGACGGAGAUGGAAAGAAGCAGCAAUCCCCGUUUGCCACGUCCACUUGUCAUAUCAGCUCCCUGUUUGGCGUCUCCCUGCCCUUCCAGCCUGUUCCCCCCACCCCCCAGGGGUUUCCUUGCCCUUUGAAGCUGCUGUAAAGGAUGAUCACAAACUUUGCAAAGGCGGGGCAGCCUUUGGCUUCUAGAACCUACAGAUUCCAUGGCAAUAAUAAAAACAAAACCCAACAAAAUGACUUUGCUGAAGAACUACCUACCUGCUAGUCAUCUGCCAAAUCUAGUCCACAAAUGAUCUUUUAUAAAAUGAAAUUUUGUAAGAUUACAAGUCAUCGAACUUUUUAAAAAAUUCCUUUAACGUCAUUGCAGAUUUUGAGGUAGAAAUCUAACCGACCUCAUUUACAUACGAGAGGCCGAGACUUAAGUAACUUGUCCAACUUUUACACAACUAGCGAAAUUUCCAUUUGGGGUUUUGACCGCACCGUUAUACCUCCCUAGCUCUAUUAGUGACGAUAAAAUGUGGGAAAACAAUCUUUUAGGUCCUAAUUGGAGCCACAGAAUAGGAAAUGCUCUUCACCAGCCUCCUACUUGUCAUCUUAGCUUGGUUUUGUGCUUUGAAGUCAUUUGUGACUCAUGGGUACGUUUCAGACCCUAGUGCUUUCACUGACUUUAAGUUUACACUCUUCAUGUAGAAAAUUUGUUACCUUGUUCUUAAGUUUUGUUAAAUUUCCCUUAAUGCUAGAGUUUAUCAUUUUACUGUGCUUCCAACACCCAGUAACCCCAGACCAUUAGCAAUUCUUAGGUAUUUUAACCAUUUGUUUGUUACGUGCUAACCUACUUUUCUAGCCCGCCAGCACCUUAGAUUGUAUUGAUAGAAUGAAGAAAUGCAGCUGUUUAGCUCUGGUAAUAAGGUGUCAUUUUCAGAAGUUUAUCUGUAAAUGCAAAUAUUAUUCUGUAAUUUUGGAAAAUGUGCACUGGGGGACCCAGCCACCCUUUUUUUUUCUUUUACGUGAAAGAAUGUUAUGGAAAGGACUCAUGUCUGAUGCUCCCCUCUGCAACAUUUCUACAAGGACAUUUUUUUGUUAUUACAAAUAAAAUCCUAAAUUUUCCAA